AUGAAACUCGUCCUACUCUCGCUCCUCGCAGUCGCCCACGCCGCCCCCACCAAGCGCCAGGAGGACGGAGAUGACGACGGCGUCAUCUCCCUCGACCUGACCUUCAACCCUCCCCCGAUGGUCGACGGCGUCCCCGAGAUCAUCCACAAAGCCGCCAACGUCCCCCACGAUGUCCCGUUGACAGACUGGGCCCGCGAGCUCCUGUACUCGACUCAAAUCCAGGUCGGUACGCCUCCCCAAACCGUAACGGUACAUGUCGACACGGGAUCCGGCGACCUGUCCAUCUGGAACGGCGAUAACUGUACCAUGCCCGAAUGCACCGAUCCCGCCAACCAGCCACAAUACCACCCGGGCAACUCGAGCACCUUCAAGCUCGUCAAAGCCACCGCCGAGCCGGUCCUCCGAUAUGGUAUCGGAGAAAGCGGCGGCGAAUGGGCCCAAGACCGGGUCAGUCUCGGUGGCUUUACACAGGAACACCAAAACUUCCUCGCGCAAUCCUAUGGCUCGACGGGUUACGGAGGCAAGAACGUGACUGGACUUCUUGGGAUGAGCUUUCCCAGUCUCACUGUAGGCAAGGAAAUCAAGACCAACUGGCUCGCCAACGCUAUUGUUCGAUUCAAGAAACCCAUGUUUUCAUUCUACCUCCAACACACGAAUACUCUCGCCAACGGAACCAUCCCCGCCACAACUCCCGGAGGCGUUCUCACCCUCGGCGGCGUGAACAAGAAAUACUACAAGGGCCGGAUCCAGUAUUCCAACGUCGAGAAACCGUUAGGAUUCUGGAAGAUCUCCAUGGACGCAGUCAAGUUCAACGGCAAGGCCAUCACCAACGGCACGGCAGACGCCGUCAUUGACACGGGCACGUCGCUCGUCCUUGGUCCGGCCGAUAUUGUCGAUGCGACAAUGGCCGGUAUUCCUGGAGCGGACAAGUACCAGGGCAUGUGGCGGGUGCCGUGCAACACCACGGCGACAUACUCGCUCACAUUUAGCGGCAAGGAGUGGGUCGUACCCCCCCGCGACUUUUUGUAUACCGCUUCGCGCGCAGACCCGAGCUUGUGCUACACGUCCAUCGUGCCGGCCCAAUACCCGUUCUGGUUGGUCGGCGACAGCUUCCUCAAGAACGUCUACACGGUCUUCCAGUGGAAGCCUGCGCGAGUCGGUUUUGCCGAGCUGCGCGUGUGA